AUGUGGAAACGUGCACUUUUCGCUUUGGCUAGUGCCGUUACUCUUGUAUCAGCACAAAAAGCGGAAGACUACAAGGUUACCCACCUCCCAGGUAUCGAUUCAGCCGACUUGACAUUAUCACAAUAUGCAGGACACAUUGAACUGGACCCAAGAACACACGGCAACAUGUUCUUUUGGAUGAUUGAACAAACGCAUGAGACGAACCCAGAGAAAUUGAUUAUUUGGCUUAAUGGAGGACCUGGUUGCUCUAGCAUGGAUGGUCUCUUUUUGGAAAAUGGCCCCUAUCGAGUCAACCCCGACCUGUCACUCAAUAUUACUGCCGGUGGAUGGCAAGAUCAUGCUACCAUUGUAUUCUUGGAUCAACCUGUGGGGACCGGUCUCAGCUUUGUAGAUUCAGAUGGUUACAUGAAGAAUAUGAAAGAGGUCACCGAUGACUUUGCCUUAUUCCUUGACAAGUUCUUUGAGUUGUUCCCUAAUCUUCAGCAGCGUGAUCUGUACCUUGCAGGUGAAAGCUUUGCUGGUACCUAUAUCCCAUACUUUGCCAAGCGUAUGCUGGAGCUUAACAACAAAGGCGAUCGGAAUUUUAAUCUUCAAGGCAUUGCCAUUGGUAAUGGUUGGAUUGCUCCCAGACAUCAGUAUGAAGCGUAUUAUGAUUUUGCUGUUGCAAAGAAUUUGAUCCCUGAACGCCGAAAGAAAUUGGCCGAGUCGGCGAUUGCAAAGUGCCGUGAAAACUUGGCAAAGAAAGAAGCUAUCAGUAUUGGCCAGUGCGAAGAAGUGCUCGAUGUCAUCAUGCAGGGGACCGUUUAUGAGGAGGACAAUGUCAAAUACUGCAUCAACGAAUACGAUAUCCGGAUUACCGAUGAACUUUACAGCGAGGGAUGUGGAAUGGCAUGGCCUCAUGAAUUGGAUCAAGUGACAACCUAUUUACGUACGGACGAAUUGGUUGCUGCUGUUCAUGCACAAGAAAAGAACGGAGGUUGGUACGAGUGCACAGGGCGUGUUUCUUCACAUUUGGAUACCUCUUCGGAUGAGCCAGCAUACAAUCUCCUUCCUGAGAUCCUUAAGGAAACUCGCGUACUCCUUUUUAGCGGUGACCAAGAUUUGAUUUGCAAUGUUUACGGCACGGAGUAUCUGAUUGGCAACAUGACAUGGAACGGCGAGAAAGGUUUUCAGGCUGAGACUGUCGACUGGUAUAUCGAUGACAAGAUCGUUGGCACAUACACCGAAGACCGAAACCUGACGUUUGCUGUUGUAAUGAAUGGAUCCCAUAUGCUGCCAUAUGACAAGCCGUUUGAAUCUUUGGAUAUGAUCAAUCGUUUCAUGGGUGUUGGUGACAACAAGGUGAAUGGAAAAAUCAGCCGUUUGGGUGAUGGAUCAGUUGAAGCCGGUGGUGAACCACAAAAGCCUGAUGGAUCAGCCGAAUCAGACACUGACGAAGAGAGCACCGAUUGGUCGCAAUAUUAUAGCUGGGGUACCUCUGCUCUUAUUGUGGUCAUUCUUUUUGCCGCCAUUGCAGGCUAUUGCUGGUACAAAUCCAAAAAACAAGCUCGCGAAGGAUAUACUCGGCCAUCUUCGGCAACACGUGAUGGUGAGCCAAUGGGUGGUGGAUUCCUCGGCUUGUUUGCCAAAGGCAAGCGAUCCAAUCGACCCAAGCUUCGAUUGGAUGAUCAAGAUGAUACGAAUGAGCUGGACGAGCUUGUUAUUGAGACACCCACGCUAUUCGCGGCUGAGGAAUAUUCCGAUGAUGACCAUCAACGCCGAUCCGGGGAAAACGCUGCAGCUAAAUCAAGCAAAAAGGAUACACCAACCACUCGAUUUGCCAUUGCAGAAGAAGGAGAAUCCGAUGACGAUUUUGAGGAUUUCGCAGAUUGGGAUGAUGGUGAUAAUAGCACGCUUAUCGAACCCAAGAAACCAAGCAAGAGCAAUCUCAAAAAGGAUUAA